AACCAGACCCAGACCCAACCAGACCAUAACCAAGGAAGGAGGCCUCCUGGGGCAACGCGGGUUGUUUCUCUUCGUUCCUGCAACACAACCACCACCUUCAAGUCCAUCAGCAUCAACAGCAUCAUCACCCGUCGUCUAAUUGUUGGAGAUUCCCAGGGCUGUGUAGCUUAGAUACCUACGCCCGCUUCUUUUUACCCGCCGACGCUAUUCUUCCCUUAGACUGUCAUACAGUAACGUACACACUCCGUUGAGCGGGGGUGAAAGAAAGACAAUUGAAGAGACAGACAGACAACACACUGCCUGCCUGCCUGCCUGCCUGCCUGCCUGCCUGCCUGCCUGCCUCUAUUCAAACAUUGUCUUUGGAUUGGAUCGUCAUCCGCUUCGUUACUCGUUUCGUUUCGUUCUGUUUCGCUCAUUCCAGACCGACUCAAUCAAUCCCGUGGCCGUUCAACCUUUAAACCGCAUACACACUCAUCAAUCAAUCAAUUGGCUGUGAGAAAGCUCGACGCAAUCAUGGUUUGUAAGUAAAAUGCCUAUCUGCAUCUGCAUUUGCAUCUGCAUUUAGCCUUUUCUUUUUGCUCUCCUCGAUCAUUAAGCAUCAAGCAAGCACCUAAGCAACGACGGUUUCCUCAAAGUCUAUCUACCUAUUCCUCUAUCACGCACAAAGUAAACAUCCAAUGCCCUGGUAUCAAAACCAGAUCCUCAUCUACACAUCUUCUAAACCUGCUCCAUCUCCAUCUCCAUAUUCCGUCCACAUCUCCAUCUCAUCACCGUCACCAUCCCUGCAUCUGAGCACAGAGUGCCACACACCAGCCAGAACGAGACAAAGUGCAAGAUUAGCUUCUUUCACACGGGGGUCUCAAAGGCGGCGCCACUCACGAUAUUCUAUCCCUGUACGUUAUUGCCCUUUACCACUCGGUGCCCACAUCGUUUUAUCCUUCUUUCAACUUCACUUCUACGUCAAUUUCAAUUAUCUCGGUUCCUACUUCUUUGUACACGGAAACGGAUACGGGACUUGUCACCUGGUACAAGUUAUCGAGUGAAAGAGUGAGUUUAUUCGGGACGCGAUAAUGCCUAAUACGGGCUUUCUUCCCGUCAGCUCGAGUCCACCCGUUCCUGUAUCUUCCCCCCAUCUCCAAGUCUGUCAUUAUCGUCCUCCCUCUCUCGGCAAGCGCUGUCAGUUGGACCUAAAUGCACUGCCGUGAUCGCCAUCCUAUCUACGCGCCAGCUUCAGACAUGAUCUUCACUUUGCAUCUCUGUGCAUGCGCAUCAAGGAAGGCGCAGCAGGGUCCGCUCCUUUCCAUGUCGAGAACAAACAAGCUCAAAGCACCCGCCCCAUGGAGACAAGGCCAAGCGAUCUAGGCUCUACAGGCCCAGGUCCAAUUGUCAGCCUACCAUGCAGCCUACCCCAAUCUUCUGAGACUUGCCCUGUUGAGGACUUCUUUGUAUUCCGUCGCUUAUUGCUUAACAACCGUCGACUCCGCCUUUUGAUGCUUUCUCACUACUCAUUUAUUAUAUCAAAGACUCAUCCGCUGACCAUGUCGGUGCCUUGAUCACCACCAACAGCUCUUCCAUCUUUCAACCUUCAGAUCAGACGAUCAAUGUCUGCCAAACCUCACAACCAUACAGCCGACGAGAAUAGCCCGCUCCUUAAUGGCGGUGCCUCGUCGGCCCUCAAUGACACCCUCGGUCACCGCAAUGGCAACGGCCAUAUCAGUCUCAGCCGAGACUCGAGCACCAUGACGUUCCUCUUCGACUCGAAGCAUACACCUGGUAUUGAUAACAGCAACAUUGCCGUAAGGAGUCUGGCUUACUCCUGGCACAUUGCCAAGGUCACCCUUCUCAGCAACUAUGUCAAUUUUCUCCUGGUCAUGGUACCUCUUGGUAUUGUUGCUGGUAAGAUGGGCUGGGGUUCUACUGCCGUUUUUACCAUCAACUUCUUCGCUAUUAUCCCACUCGCUGCUGUGCUGUCGUUUGCGACAGAAGAGUUCUCGAUGAAGCUUGGUGAGACUCUUGGUGGACUCCUGAAUGCUACCUUCGGAAAUGCCGUGGAACUUAUUGUCAGCAUUGUUGCUCUCCAGCGAAACGAAAUUGAGCUCGUCCAGGCCUCUAUGCUUGGUAGCAUUCUUUCUAACCUUCUUCUGGUCAUGGGAAUGUGCUUCUUGUUCGGUGGUAUCAUUCAUCGAGGCGAGUCGGGCAAUGGCAGAGAGCAGUCCUUCUCUUCAGCUACUGCACAGACAACUUGCUCCCUUAUGACACUGUCUUCAGCCUCACUCGUCAUUCCCGCUGCUCUCUACGCAGUUCUUGACCAGAGUGGUUCCAAGGAGAAGGCCCAGAGCAUCCUCACACUCUCUCGCGGCACUGCCAUCAUUCUUCUCCUGCUCUACGUCUUAUAUCUCGUCUUCCAGCUCCGAACACACAGUAACCUUUUCGACGCCGAGAACCAGAACGAGGACGGCGAGGAAGUUGAGCCAGAGGAGCCUACUAUUGGACCCAUUGCCGCUAUUGCCGUCCUCUGUGUCACUACCGUUCUCGUCACUGUCUGUGCCGAUUACCUCGUUGACAGCAUUGAUGAUCUUGUCAAGACCUCCGGAAUUAGCCGAGGAUUCAUUGGUUUGAUCUUGAUUCCCAUUGUUGGCAAUGCUGCUGAGCACGUCACUGCUGUCGUCGUCGCCCUCCGUGAUAAGAUGGAUCUUGCCAUGGGUGUUGCGGUUGGUUCUUCUAUCCAGAUUGCCCUCCUGGUCACGCCCUUCCUCGUCAUUGUUGGCUGGAUCAUUGGUGCUCCGAUGACUCUUCACUUCGAGACUUUCCAAACUGUUGCCUUUGGAGUUUCUGUCCUCGUUGUUACGUAUACUGUCCAGGAUGGCAAAUCCAACUACCUGGAGGGUGCUAUGCUUAUGGGUCUCUAUAUUAUCAUCGCAUUGGCUUUCUAUGCCACUCCAUCCGAUGUCUUGGACCCCGGCAACUAAAUGCUAGAGUUCCCCUGAUGUCUUAAUCAUCAUCAAUCAACUAAUGUUUUAAACAUGUUUUUACUACCAACGAGUGACUUGUCUCAUCAAGAAGCUUGUUCUGGAUAGCCAGGAAUGCCACCGAAAACUGUGGCUUCAACGAUCUGCCAAAAGACGACAGUCGGAUAAUCGAGUCAACUUUCAUAUUUGUAUUACUAAGCGGAUGCAGUCCGCUGGACAGGACUGCUUCUUGGGAGCCCCAGACACUCCAUCAAACUCUGGAAUGAAACAGGGAGAGGAAUAGGGAGGUUCAGUCGCAUUCGCGAAAUUUCAUUGCGUCAAAAGAAACGAGGGAUAGUAAAUGGCCUUGCCGGUCUCUGUGCUUAUCGGAUUUUUUCUUGCUUAUAUCAUUGGACUGCGAGGUCGGAGAUGGAAUUCAGGCACGGAAAGGUUGAUCGGAUAGUUAAUCAAUAUUUUCGCAGAUUGAUCUCUUCUUUGACAGUCACUGGUGAGGUAGUCGCAAUAAUGUCGCCAGUCUCUGAAACACUA